AUGAUACUUCUAUCGAUCAUCAUCGGCCAGCUCCUCUGCCUCGGUGCAGUCCACUCAGCUGUCAUCAGAAGCCCACUUGCGGUCGCGGACCUACCAUCUCCCAUCCAGGGCGGCUUAGCCGAAAACUGCGAUGCUUUCUACAAGGUCCAGAACGGCGACAGUUGCUGGUCCAUCGUGAACAGCUACGGCAAUUUCACUUUGGAAGAAUUCUACUCCUGGAACCCGUCAAUUGGAAGAUCCUGCGAACGCCUAUACCCGGAUUACUUCGUCUGCGUCGGCACCGCCGACGAGCCGAAACCCGCGCCCACACCCACCGCACACCCCAAGCCAGAGCAACCUGGCAUCCCACCAGAGUGCAGCAAAUUCCACAAAGUCGUCGCCGGCGACAGCUGCUGGGCCAUCGCGAACCAAUACGGCAUCUCCCUGGAGCAGUUCUACAAAUGGAAUACCUCCCUCCAGCCAUCCUGCCGUUCUCUCCUGCCGGAUUACUAUGUCUGCGUGGGCGUGGCCAAUCCUCCUGCAGCCAAGCCCACUUCGGCUGAGUCUGGCGAAAACCCAGAGCCGACUCCGAAGGAGACGGAAGGUGGUGCUCCGAUGUAG